ACGCGACGCAACCUAGUCGUUUUUAGUCCUUGUUGGUGUUGAGCCUUCACAUUUCUCGAUCUGGUCGAAAAAUCUGCAUCAAAAACCUCCUAUCGCCACCACCAGCACAAUCUCCCAGCAACCGUUAAUCAAUGGCGAAUCCGGUAGUCAAACCACUAAUCUCUCUACUGGUAGCUCUCUUCUUGAUUUCAUCAUCGCUCGCUAGCUCAGAUGUUCCCUUCAUCGUAGCUCACAAGAAGGCCACUCUCAACAGGCUCAAAUCCGGCGCCGAACGGGUCUCCGUAUCGGUCGAUAUCUACAACCAAGGAACUUCGACUGCAUAUGAUGUUAGUCUUGUUGAUAAGGACUGGCCUGAAGAUUUAUUUGAUGUCAUCAGUGGCAACACUUCAAAGUCAUGGGAAAGGCUUGAUGCUGGUGGCAUCCUCUCACACUCUUUUGAAUUGGAGGGUAAAGUGAAAGCAAUCUUUUAUGGUUCCCCAGCUCUCAUUACAUUCCGUGUCCCCACCAAGGCAGCUCUACAGGAGGCACUUUCAACUCCCAUACAGCCCUUGGACGUCCUUGCUGAGAGACCUCCUGAAAAGAAGUUUGAAUGGGCCAAGAGGUUAUUGGCAAAAUACGGGUCUCUAAUUUCUGUCAUCUCUAUUAUGGUUCUGUUCAUAUACCUGGUUGCUUCCCCUUCCAGUGCUGCAAAAGCAAGCAAGAAGAGGCGUUAAAUAUUUCAGUUGAGAAACUAAUCAAUAGCUUGUCUGCAAUUGAACCGAGGAGGUAUGAACACGGCGCAUUUGCUAGUUAGAUGUCCC